AUGGCAACUAGUCGAAUCAGUCCUCUCCGUCCCUCGAUUCGCCUCUCGCCGGCUCAUUCCCGAGACAACUCCCGCUCCGCCUCCCCUGACAGACAUCCAGAGUCGCUGUAUCAAAAGAUAGACCCCCUCCUGGCAAAACUGUCCCCCGAAUCAACCCUCCACGCCCUGACCUCCACCGAAGCGGUUCCAUCAAACGAAAAGUUCUCCCACGAUGUGCUCUCCCAGAGCAUCUCUCAGGUCUCGCCGGCCGAGCGUGCCCUGGGGAUACGCGCCGCGGUAGCCGCCCAGAACUUGAAUGUCUGGUAUAAGGAGGUUCAAGCCUGGUCCUGGCCGAAACAUGUCGAUGCGAAGCAAGGAAAAGGAUUUGUUCCCCCAGUCGACACCCAAGCUGGUGACAAUGGCAACAGCUCGAGGCCCGAUGCGUCGAAUACGCCGGUUCAAGGGGCUACUAGUGACGUGGCGUACUAUGGGUGUCUGCCGUCGGGCGUGGUGGAGCAAUAUGAGCAGAGGAUAGAGGAAAUCCGGGACGGAAUGGACGAUUUAAACGUGGAGGAACUGAAAGAGCACGUUUUGAGUGCCCACAUUCCAUCCCGUUCUCGCCCUUCCUCCUCCACAAGCACCGUGUCGGUACCCCCGCCGCUCAGCUAUGUCCAGCUCAGUGACUUCACAGCCGUCGUGACUGCGACCAUCCUACGCGCGUUGCCCUUUCUGUCGCGUCUCAAUAGUCUUCUCACCACCUGGGAUGUCCGUUUAGUUGUCCUUCGCCAGAUUCCGGGCCUCCUCAGAGAACUCAAAUUGACUCGAACCGCCCUUGAAGCCUCCUUUCACACGUUGCGAACUUCCGAUCCCUCCGAAACUAGUCCGACCUUCCUCUCCAGCUCAUACCUACGCGACGAACAUGUCAAACUUGAAUCUGCGGUUGUCGCUGUGGGCCGGCGGAUGGACCGCGCCCUGGACGCGUUGGAGGGUCGACAGGAUUCCUUGCCAGACAGCUGGAUUGAUGAUCUCGAGGGAAUCGAGUCGAAUUUCGCGGCGUGGGUAGUUGAAGUUGAGCAAUACAAGCUACGAACUGAGUGGCUUCGUACCAAGGAGCAGCCGAAGACGACAGAGGAAUCCAAGGAUGCUGAGCCCAAACCCAACACCACCACCGAGGAAGCGCCCGAGGAAACACAAAUGCAGGAAACCCGGAUCGUGGAGAUAACCGAGCCGGAGAUUCCAGAUCAUGCACAGAUGGAGAUCAUUGAAGAAGAAUCCAAGCAUGAGAUCGAUAUUCCAACAACUAUCGAGCAACAUGAUUCGCAGACGGAGACCAGCGAGGAAGAAACCAAGUUUGAAACCAAUACCCCAACAGAUACCAACACAGGAAAACUGGACGAAGCCCAGCCCGCACAAGAGCCGGAACUGUCCUCUACUGAAAGUGAUUCAAUCCUGCCGACUUCCUCUGAACCCGACACGCCGCCUAGCCAGCAUAUCUCAGAAGGACCAAUUGAUCCAUGCGUGAGCGAGGAAUCCAAGGAACUGCCCCAGAGUGUGCCGACUGCUCGCAUUGUCGAGGAAGCCCAGACUCCUACUCCAACUCAGGCUACCUUCCCUCCAUUUCCAUCGAUCCAAGAGGUACAGGAGCUUUCGCCCACUCGACUUCCACUGCCAGCCACGCCGAGUAUUGAGAAUAAGGAGAACAUCCCGCCUCCUGAGUUUGUACAGGAGCAUGCUCCUCCAUCCCGCGAGUCUUCAACAAAACCUACUGCUCUCGCAGAACGGCAGGUGGACGAUGAUCCGUUUGUCCAGAGACCUGCGUCUCCUAAGGUCACAAAGGUCGAUGUUCCAGCAACUCCGCAGGUUUCUGUUUCUGUCGAUCCUCCUUCCGAGGAUAUCUGUAAAGCAGAUCCAGCUCCUUCGCAAGCUGUUGAGCCCGAGAGCGUUAACACCAGCAAUGCUCAGCCGCCCGUUGGAGGCGUCAGCAUGGAUUGCGACUCGAAGCAGGCUGAACAAUUGAUUGCUCAACCUGUUUCAGUGCAAUCAUCGGAAAUCAUGGUGGCUCACACCCUCGAAUUCGAAUCAAAGGAAGAUUCACCUGCUCCUACUGUGGUAGAAAAGUCUCCAGUAGAUACCGCUCCAGUCGAUUCACUCUCACAGCCGACAGAAACUUACGACCCAGUUCCACAAUCGACAGAAUCGAUACAGAAACCUCUCCCACAACAGCAGCCUCAUUACUCUGUCAAGGACAGCUUCAAGCCAACUGAAUCUUGUCCGCCAAAACAGGCUCCUUCAAAAAAACCAUUACAAAGUCCUAUCAAGCUUGGCAAACUUCGGCCGGGAAAACUCAAUCUUUCAAAGGAUGCCCCGAAACCUCGCUAUCGUCGACCAUCCACCGGGUCUGUGGGCUCUCUGCCAUCCAACAACUCCUCCCUCAUCUCUAGCCCGAAUGACCCUGGACCUCAUACCGGUUCGUCGAAAGACGGGCCUCUCCUUACACCCCCUCUCUCGGACUUUCCUCAGCCACCUUCGCUCCCAUCCCGUAGUGAUCAUGCUCUGCGAGAGGACCGUCUUCGCAGACUUGACCGACGCAAGGUCUCCCCUCGAACUGCCUUCCAAGAAAAUCGCACAGUCAGCCUGCCCCUUGAGCGAUUCAUCAAUGAAAAGAUGGAUCUUGAAAUGGACAACGAGGAACCAACUCGAGAUGCUACCAGCCGCAUGUCAUCGAAGAAGGCACCUACAUCUCGGAAACCUCAUCCCAUUGGCAGCUCUGCACCCCCGCCAGUGCCGUCCCGGUCCUCGAGCCGACGCCCCGCCUUGACACGCGGGAAGUCUGCAUCCGAUUUGAAGGCCAGUGACCAGGCCUCUCAGAACGCGGAACGCAACGUGCGGGCUUCCUCGAAAAAUGCCGCUCUUCGCUCCGUUCAUAACCAGGGCCAGCCGAAGUCUGUCCGUCUACGCCAACGCCUUACAGCCCACCCCAGUCUUGAGAGCUUGGGUGUCAAGAGACAAGAGCUUGACUUCGUGGAAGAGGAUGAAUCGGAACUGACAGAUCUUGGUUCGAGGGCUUCCUCGCCGAAUAGGCAGCGGAGGAAGCCCAGGGAUCGCCUUGACGAGAAGGUGAAUUCUAUUCUGAGCACACUGCCCGGUCGUAUCAACCUCGUCGACCCGAACAACGAGGCUGAUACGUCGUCCUCAUCUUCAUCCAUGGACCGCAGAAUGCGCGAGCGAUACCUUUCAGAAUCACCUCAGGGAGCUCCGUCCCGCAGCAUGACGCCUGGCCCGUCCCUCACACUUAUGCCUGCAGCGCGAAGGCGCUCACAGGUAUUCAAGUCUGAGGACAGCUGCGUCAGACUCUACCACCUCCAACACGCUGGACAAUCAGCACCCACGAAGCUCUUCGUCCGCACAGUCGGCGAAGAAGGUCAGCGAGUGAUGGUGCGUGUCGGAGGUGGAUGGGCUGACCUAGGUGAGUAUCUGCGCGAAUAUGUCAUCCAUCACGGCCGUCGCAAGGUCUCCGAGUCUCCCCGCGUCGAGGUCCAGGGCCUUGCAUCUCGCUCUUCGCCUGGCUCCAUGCUCUCUCCUCCCGCACCAACCUACAUGUCCUCCGGCCGUGCAACCCCAUCCCGACCUCCCUCCGUCAUGAGUGCCCGCCCCGCCUCGUCCCUGAACGUCCGCAAAGUUCGACGAAGCUCCAAUGCUUCCGAGAUAGCUGGCUCCAGCUCUCGAUCCGUGACAACCGGUGCUUUGGCUUCAUUUACUUCACCACCUUCUGCCUCCGGAGGCCGCCGUCUCUCCAUGUCAUCCAGCUAUUCCUUCGGAGAUUCCCAUUCUCCUGGUCGUGCCAAUUCCCUCGCACCAGACUCCCAUUCUACUCCUCUCGGCCUUGCAGGUCCUAAGCCUCGCUCCCGACAGGUCUCUAUGAGCCCUGAAGGCGAGGCGUGGGUGGAAGAUGUCUUGCAACAAACGCGUCGCUCAGGCACUCUGAACCCCCCGCCUUUUCCGCUCAAUGCAACCCAAGAAACUGACCAUCAUGAUAUAAGUGAUACUGUUUCUGUUCACUCGCUGCCCAAGGUCCGGAGUGUCAGUGACAUCGGCUCUAUCGGAACGAACCGACGAGUUGUGCUGAAGGGGUUGAGCAGCCGCAAAUAG